ACAAGGAGAGACAGAAAGAGAGAGGGAGAGAGCCCUUUCUGUUCUUUUCACCUCCAAGAAACAGCGACCCAGUAGCCGCGGGAGCGCCAUGACCUUCGUCGACGGCGGCAAUGGCGCGGCGGCGGUGACCGGGCGCGGGAAGACGGUGUGCGUGACCGGCGCCGGCGGGUACAUCGGGUCGUGGAUCGUCAAGCUCCUCCUAGAGCGGGGCUACACCGUCAGAGGCACCGUGCGUAACCCUGACGACGCGAAGAACGCGCACCUGAGGGCGCUCCCCGGCGCGACGGAGAGGCUGGCGCUGUGCGGGGCCGACCUGCUCGACAGCGCCGCGCUGAGGGCGGCCAUCGCCGGCUGCCACGGCGUGUUCCACACCGCGUCGCCGGUGACCGACGAUCCGGAGGAGAUGGUGGAGCCGGCGGUGAGGGGGACGCGCUACGUCAUCGACGCGGCGGCGGAGGCCGGCACGGUCCGCCGUGUCGUGAUGACGUCGUCGAUCGGCGCGGUCGCUAUGGACCCCAACCGCGCGCCGGACGCCGUCGUCGACGAGUCGUGCUGGAGCGACCUCGAGUUCUGCAAGAACACCAAGAACUGGUACUGCUACGGGAAGACGGUGGCGGAGCAGGCGGCGUGGGAGGCGGCGGCCGCGCGCGGGGUGGACCUGGUGGUAGUGAACCCGGUGCUGGUGCAGGGCCCGGCGCUGCAGCCGGCGGUGAACGCGAGCCUGAUGCACGUGCUCAAGUACCUCAACGGGUCCGUCAAGACGUACGCCAACGCCGUGCAGGCGUACGUCCACGUCCGCGACACCGCCGACGCGCACGUCCGCGUCUUCGAGGCGCCCGCGGCCGCCGGCCGCUACCUGUGCUCCGACGCCGUGCUCCACCGCGAGGACGUCGUCAGGAUCCUCCACAAGUUCUUCCCGGAGUUCCCCGUCCCCGAGAGGUGCUCUGAUGAGGUGAACCCGAGGAAGCAGCCUUACAAGAUAUCCAACCAGCGGCUCAGGGAGCUAGGCCUGGAGUUCACGCCAGCGGCGCAGGCCCUCUACGAGACCGUCGUGUGCUUCCGGGAGAAGGGCAUCCUCCUCCCUGUCCCCGCCCCAUCGUCCCCGCAGCCUUGGGCUAUACAUGAGAGCUAG